GGGGGCGGGGGCGAGGCGGGGCCUGGGGGCGGGGGCUGGGCGCACGCUCCAGCUCCGCAGGCCGAGGCCCGCUCAGCCCCACGCCGGAGCCGGACCGCGCAGCCGCGGCCGAGCGCAGGACGGUUCCGGGGACUGCGCAUUGUCACUGACGCUCUAAAGCCUGGCCUAUCGGAAGCGGCUCGCCCUAGAGUCACAGAAGAGUCUUUCCGUCCUCUGCCCCCGUCUGGGUGACCUUGGGCAGGGGGGCGUCCAGAAGCCACGCGCCAUGGCCGUGGGGAACAUCAACGAGCUGCCCGAGAGCAUCCUGCUGGAGCUGUUCACGCACAUCCCCGCCCGCCAGCUGCUGCUGCGCUGCCGCCCGGUCUGCAGCCUCUGGCGGGACCUCAUCGACCUGGUGACCCUCUGGAAGCGCAAGUGCCUGCGGGAGGGCUUCAUCACCGAGGACUGGGACCAGCCUGUGGCCGACUGGAAGAUCUUCUACUUCCUACGCAGCCUCCACAGGAACCUGCUGCACAACCCAUGUGCUGAAGAGGGCUUUGAAUUCUGGAGCCUGGACGUGAAUGGAGGUGAUGAGUGGAAGGUGGAGGAUCUCUCUGGAGACCAGAGGAAGGAAUUCCCCAAUGACCAGGUCAAGAAAUACUUCGUGACUUCUUAUUACACCUGCCUCAAGUCCCAGGUGGUGGACCUCAAGGCCGAAGGGUAUUGGGAGGAGCUGAUGGACACCACACGGCCGGACAUCGAGGUCAAGGACUGGUUCGCAGCCAGGCCGGACUGCGGGUCCAAGUACCAGCUGUGCGUUCAGCUCCUGUCGUCAGCACACGCACCCCUGGGGACCUUCCAGCCAGACCCGGCAACCAUCCAGCAGAAGAGCGAUGCCAAGUGGAGGGAGGUCUCUCACACGUUCUCCAACUACCCGCCCGGCGUCCGCUACAUCUGGUUUCAGCACGGCGGCGUGGACACUCACUACUGGGCCGGCUGGUACGGCCCGAGGGUCACCAACAGCAGCAUCACCAUCGGGCCCCCGCUGCCUUGACGCCCCCCAAGCUCUGAUCCCCCACACCCUGACUGCUGUCAGGGAAGGGCUGGGUUAGGGACGGGGAGGGGGACCAGGCUCCCCCAGACCUCCUAGUUCACCUUAGACCCCCCGUUGCCUAUUUUAUGGAGACUCUCAGUUUGUGUGGCCCUCACAGGCCACGGGGGGCCAGUGCUCCAGGCCCAAGGUCUCAACCUGGAUGAGGGCAGGGGGCCCCUCUACGAAACGGGGCCCCUGUUGUUGGGGAGGUGCGAGGUAUUCUCGCGGGCUCCUCCCAGAGUGCUCCUCAGGCUCAGGUGCCCACCUAGAUGACCCAGACGUGUGUCUCUGCCUUCCCCUCCGGGGCCCUCGCUCCCUGUCUCCACUGGGGACCCUCAGAGCAGGGACAGUCAGGACACCCUGGCUGGCGCCGACGCUGGGAGGUGACCGUGUGGCUCGACGGACCUGGGAGCAGACGGGGGCUGUGCCGGCCUGUCUUCUGUCCCAUUCUGUCACCGCCAAGCUCCUUGCUCGGCCUGCCUGCUCAGAGAGGGGACUCAGGGGAUGAGGCUCAGGCCUGGACUGACCCCACUGUCCAGGAAGUCCCAGAAGUCAGAUGGGCAUCACGUGGGGGGGCUGGGUCUCCAAAGACCCCUGGAAUCCUGUGCAUGGUAACCCAGGGUGUGUGGGGGGUAGGGUUCGACCCUGAUUCUAGGAGUGGGGCACGGAAGCCCUGGGUGAGGUGAGUGGCUGGCCUUCAAGGACCACCCGUCGGCCCCACGCCUCGGCCAGCUCCCCUGCGGCUUGGGAUGCUCUCCCCCAGCCCUGGAACCGCCACCCCCAGAGCCCCCCCUCCCUGCCUGAGGGCACCCCUGCCUCUCCCUGCUGCUGGAAGGAAGCAGUGCUCUGAUUCUGCCCCUGCUGCAUGCAGCUAAAUAAAAGGUGUUCCCAGCCCAA